AUGGUCAACUUCUUCGACCUUCUCAACGCCCACGUGGCGGACUCCUUCGUUGGAAGAUGGUUUCAUUUGGAGGGUUCAGGUCACCCUAAAGAACGUGUUGGGUCCAGAUUUUUGACCGAACUUCGUGCCGGAGUAACCACUUGGGCCUCUAUGGCUUAUAUUAUCUCGGUCAAUGCUGCAAUCCUGUCAGAUUCAGGGGGCACUUGCGAAUGCAACCUUCCUGAUCUCUGUGUGACCGACGAGACAUAUCUUUCCUGUGUGGCCGAAGUGCGCUUGGACCUGAUCACGACUACGGCCGCUAUCGCGGCACUGUCAUCUUUCCUCAUGGGCUUAUUGGCAAAUCUUCCAGUGGGGAUGGCGCCUGGAUUGGGUCUCAAUGCCUACUUCGCCUACUCCGUCGUUGGCUUUCACGGAGGUGGUAUCAUCACUUACAAAGAAGCGCUUUCAGCCGUGUUCUUGGAGGGUUGGAUUUUCUUCUUCCUAUCGCUUAUUGGGUUGCGACAAUGGCUUGUCCGCAUAAUGCCUCAAUCCCUUGUACUCGCCGUCGGCGCUGGAAUUGGUCUUUUUAUUGCUUUUAUUGGUCUAUCUUCUAGUGGACUAAGUGUUAUCGGAGGAGACACAACGAACUUCGUCGGGCUCGGAGGCUGCAAACCUGAAGAUUUCUUGCCUGAUCUUCCUAACUAUUGCGCCGCCGGUCCCCUCCAGAGUCCCACAAUGUGGCUAGGUAUAUUCGUCGGAGGCAUCUUUACGGUUCUCCUCAUGAUGUACCGAAUUCGUGGCGCUAUCCUGAUUGGCAUCUUUUUGACUGCCAUCAUCUCCUGGCCGCGCCCUACUGUUGUUACAUACUUCCCCCAUACCCCUGCCGGUGACGCGCUGUUCGACUACUUCAAAAAGGUCGUCACCUGGCACCCGAUCACCCGGACAUUGAAUGUCCUUGACUUCAACUAUGGCAACGGCCAGGUUUGGUAUGCACUCGUUACAUUCCUUUAUGUUGACAUUCUCGAUACAACCGGUACCCUGUACUCCAUGGCCAAAUUCGCUGGCCUCCGCGAUCCUGUCACGCUGGACUUCGAAAACUCCACGAUCGCUUACUGUGUGGACGCCUUCUGUAUCAGCAUCGGCUCCCUUUUGGGAACCAGUCCCGUCACCGCAUUCAUCGAGAGUGCCACUGGUAUCAGCGACGGCGGCAAGACAGGAUUAACUGCCAUGAUGACUGGUAUCAUGUUCUUUAUCUCCGUCUUCUUCGCGCCAAUCUUUGCGUCCAUCCCGCCAUGGGCGACAGGUGGUGCAUUGGUGAUUGUCGGUUCUCUGAUGAUUCGCAAUGUGCGAGAGAUUAACUGGGAUUACUACGGCGAUGCGGUUCCUGCCUUCCUGACUUUGAUUGUCAUCCCCUUGACUUACAACAUUGCAUAUGGUGUCAUUGCUGGCAUCCUGUCUUACAUAGUUCUCAACGGCAUUCCGUUAGCCCUCAAGAAGAUCUCCGGUGGUCGUAUUGUUCCCCCUAACUACGAUACCGCAGAAGAGUGGUCUCCUCCCACUGGCUCGCUCAUUCCAAUCUGGAUCUUGAAGAUAAUGGGUCGCGAACCCCCCAGAUACGACGACGAUGUUGUCAUGGAAGAACACCCUGGACAACAACGAAAUUCGUCGGCGACCUCCUCCGCUGAUCAACAUAACGAGCCAAAGAGCCGCAGCAUGCUCGAGCUAGAGAAGGACCCUAGGGUCAUAUAA